GACAACAAAAUGGCGACCAAAAAAGAUGGCGUAGCCCGCGAUCUCACUGACAUGGCUAUGGGAGGCGUGUCCGCCAUGUUCGCCACCCUGUUUACGAACCCUUUGGAGGUGGUAAAGACUCGGUUGCAACUACAGGGGGAGAUGAAGUCUAAGGGGCAGCAUCAGGUCUACUACAAGAGUGUACCGCACGGGUUGUACGUAAUUGCGAGGACAGAGGGACUCGUGGCGCUGCAGAACGGGUUGCCUGCCAUGUUAGGAUUCCAGUUCUUCUUGAAUACGUUUAGGUUAGGAGUGUACCGUAUAUGCGAGCGUCGCGGUCUCAUAACUGACAGCAACGGUCGCACGUCUGUUAUAAAGGGUGCAGUGGCAGCUGGGAUAGGCGGCGCCCUGGGCUCAGUGGCUGGGACGCCCUUUUUCCUGGUGAAGACACGGCUGCAGGCGCAAGCAGCGCGGUCAAUAGCUGUAGGACAUCAGCAUAAACACUCGGGCACUGCCGCCGCUUUGCUUGAUAUAUACAGGAAUGAAGGAUUCAAGGGUUUAUUUCGGGGGGUGCAGCCUCAAAUACCCCGCGGGGCGGUAGGCAGCGGCGCUCAGAUGGUCAGCUUCACAUACGCGAAGGAGUGGUUGCGCGAGCGCCGCUUACUGGUCGAUUCUCCGCUCGCGCUGUCCUUCGCAGGCGCCAACCUAGGUGGCGUGGUGAUGACACUGUGCCUCAACCCGUUUGAUGUCGUCGCCACUAGACUCUCCAACCAACCGGUGGACGCACAGAAUCGAGGCAAGCUGUACAGCGGUAUGCUGGACUGCUUCGUUAAAAUGAUCAGAACCGAAGGCGCUCGGUCACUGUACAAGGGAGUGGCCGCCAUCUAUUUGCGUCUAGGUCCCCACACUGUUCUGUUGCUGGUUUGCUGGGACCAACUAAAGCUGCUAGAAGAAUACCUCAGGAGUUAGCACACAACAAAUAUUGUUUGAAUUUAAUUUACCUAAACAUUAUGUAGGUUUUAAUGAAUACAAACGGAACUAACUGCAGUGGAUAAUAUUUUGAGGUACCCGCUGUUCGUCCGUCUGUUGGUCUGUGAGCAAGCUGUAUCUAUGAAAUAGGUAGAUAGAUAAUUUUUUUUACUGAAAUUGUAUUCAAACAAUAAUAUACUGCCGUCCUAAAGCUAAAACGCGGCUAAAUGACACAACCAACUUUUAUAUGGCCAAAAAACGGCUCAUAAACUUAAAAUUAUUGCUAUUUUGUAACCAUUCAGCACAUGACGGAUUUUUAGACUUAAACUUUAAAAGAUACGAAUUCUUGUUAAAGACAGAUUGAUAGAGUAUUAAUAAAAACAAGGUAUAUAAUGGAUGCAAUUUAGGGCUAAAAAAUCGACCACGUGUCACUUAGCCACACUUUAGUUUGAGGUCGGCAGUAUAGGGAGUUUGAGGUACAUCAAACUGUAUUGCAAUUACUACAAAUCUUGUACGAUGCUACGAAACUCUUUAUGUGUGACUUCAACUCGCACGAUUUUGAACACUCAUUUAGAGCGGUUUCAGCCCCAAUGUAUACUAAAUGAGAUGGUAGGUAUUAUAUUAUAGGUGUUCAUUUUUGUUUAUGUAAUUUUUGAUGUAUACAAAGGAAAUAAAUUGUUUAUAUACUUAUAUUUUUACAAAAAUGGCCAAUAAUAAAA